CCUUCUGGAUUCCAUGUGGCGGUGCUGAGUUCCCCCCACGUGGAGGCAGAAGCGGCCGGGUAGAAGGUACCAACAGGUAGCGUUGGGGGAGGAGGUAUCAGACCCUUGGCCUCUCAAUUGUGGUGUGCCACAGGGCUCUAUCCUCUCUCCCAUGCUAUUUAACAUCUAUAUGAAGCCGCUGGGAGCAAUCAUCAGGAGAUUUGGGCUGCAGUGUCAUCAAUAUGCGGAUGACACUCAGCUCUUAUCUCUCGUUUAAAUCUUCACCAGAGUUGGCUGUGGAGACCUUGUCCAACUGCCUGGAAUCCGUGAGUGGAUGGAUGGGAAGGAACAAGCUGAAGUUGAACCCUGAUAAAACCGAGAUGUCUGAAGAUGCAGAGAGGGAAGCAGGUGUGGGAGAUCUGGAGAGAGAAAAGGGUGAAGCUCUCACCAAGGAGGGGAGACCACGGGGGAAGAAAAGGUCUUUAGCUGCUGAAGGCAUCCUGAAGCCGGUGAAGCUCUGCAAGGCUGAACUGUAUAAGCAGCCCACUAACGAGGAGCUGAGCCGCUUGAAGGAGACAGAGAGUCUGUUCCAUUCCAGCCUUCUGCGUUUGCAGAUAGAGGAGCUUUUAAAAGAGGUGACGCUCAAGGAGAAGAGGAAACAGAAAAUCGACUCCUUCCUCCACGAAAUCAAUGCUUUGCUGAGCACAGUCCCAGAGGCCCCAGAAAAAGAUAUCAUUGACCAGUCAUGGCUCCCGAAAGGGGUGAAGGUGCCAUUCCUUCAGCUUCCUUCCAGCGUCAAGGGCAAAUUCCGCUUCCUCCCCCCUGCGGAAGUGAAGGUGGUGGGGAGUUACAUGCUGGGCACCUGCAUCAAGCCCGAGGUUAAUGUGGACGUGGCGCUGACCAUGCGCAAGGAGAUCUUCCAAGACAAGGACAACCUUAACCAGCGCUACCACCGCAAGAGGGCUCUUUACUUGGCUCACGUUGCCUACCAUCUGGCUAAGAAGAAGAUCUUUGGGAGUGUGAAGUUUGCUUACGUAAAUGGCAACCAUCUGAAGCCAGUCAUACUCUUACAGCCACAAGGGAAAGACGUGAAGAUGGUCACGGUCCGCCUCUAUGCCUGCCCCGCCCAGGGCGUCUUCAAGCUCAGCCGCUUUCACCCCAACAAGAACAAUGUGCGCACUGCCUGGUUCACGGAAAAGGACUCCCUUGUACCAGUUACUGUAAACCGCCCAGAGAGCUUUGGCUAUGGGGCGGUAUACAAAUACAAUCAAUCAAUCAAUCAAUCAGCAAACUAUUGUAGAGUCUACUGCAUGCUAGCACAACCUUCAACAUCAAGUGACUGUAGAGCAGCAGAGCCACCAACCCCCCACUACAACAACUCCAUUUUGUGGGAUCUGGUGAUGGACUCUAACCUGCACUACCUCUCCGGGGCAGCCCAUGAUUUUCAAGGCAUGCGGGAUGGGGUGUCUCUCCUCAAAGUCUGGUUGCGUCAACGUGAGCUUGAUAAGGGCCUUGGGUGUUUCAAUGGCUUCAUGGUCUCCAUGUUGGUGGCAUACCUCUUGGACAAGCAAAAGAUCAACAAGGUGAUGAGUGGUUACCAGGUGUUGAGGAAUGUCCUUCAGUUCUUGGCUGCUACAGACCUCAGUACCUCUGGAAUCAGCCUUUCAAAGGAUGGCGAUGCCUUGCUGCCUACAUUAGCUGACUUCCACAGGGCAUUCCACGUGGUCUUUGUCGACCCUUCGGGGUUGGUGAACCUGUGUGCAGAUAUGACUGCCUCCACAUAUAAGCAGGUUCAGUUUGAAGCCAAGCACUCGAUGGAGGUUCUGGAUGACAAAACAGUGGAUGGCUUCCAGUUGCUGCUCAUGACACCCAAGCCUCUGAUCCGAGCCUUUGACCACGUGUUCCACCUCACGCAUGCCUCGAAGCUACAGGCAGCCUCCAAGAAGAUGCAGCUUCUGAACGAACUGAUAGACCAUGGUGGGAAUUAUGCGGCUGCGGCUCUGCCUCUCCUCAUCAGGUUGCUGGAAAGUGGGCUGGCCCAGAGGAGCCUCCUGCUCACACAUAGUCUACCCCAGACUCCGCCGUGGCCCAUCGAUGCUGAUCCCCCAAAGCACAAAGAUGUCGGGUCUCUUUCAUUUGGGCUUCUGCUGACCCCCGAUUUUGCUAGCGGGAUCUUGGAGAGGGGGCCUGAGGCAGACAGACCCGAGGCAGUGGAGUUUCGACAGUUCUGGGGAGAGCGGUCAGAGCUGAGGCGUUUCCAUGAUGGUGCCAUCUGUGAGGCUGUUUUGUGGGAUGCCCCAAACAUGAACCAGAAGCGGCUUAUUCCAGAACAGAUAAUUCGUCACCUCUUGAAGUUACACAUGGACAUUCCAGAAUCUUCCAUCUGCUAUGCAGGUGCCCUGCUGGAGUCUGUGAUCAAACUGGGGCGUGAGCCAACAGGUACUGGCGAGGAGGCCAUGGUGAGAGUUGUCCGUUCUUACGACGACCUGAGUCGCAAGCUGUGGAACCUGGAGGGGCUGCCGCUCACGGUGACAGCAGUGCAAGGAGCCCACCCGGCCCUUCGAUACACCGAUGUCUUCCCUCCAGUGCCCAUGAAACCAGAUUACGCCUACCAUGCCAGGACCAAGGAUCGGGAAUCGCUUCUGCCCUUGGCAGAGAAGCCCUGCCCGGCGUAUAUUCCCCCAAUGAAAGUGAUAUGCCACAUGGAAGGGAGUGGCCAGUGGCCUCAGGACAAGGAAGCCAUCAAACGCGUCAAGGCCGCCUUCCAGGUGCGGCUGGCAGAACUUUUGCACCAGCAGCACCGUCUGCUAUGCAGGCCUUCUCCAACCCACACAGAUGUGUACAAGGACGGCUAUGUCUUCCGUCUCCAGGUGGCUUACCACCGAGAGCCCCAAAUCCUGAAGGAGGUAGUCACCCCCACAGGUAUGCUGACACACCAGGACACCAAGGAAUCCCAGAGGCUGGAGAUGGAGACGCUGCAUUUGCCGUUUUUAACCAGCUCUCUUCACGGCCUCCAGCAGCAACAUCCUGCUUUCAGUGGCUGCUGCCGUCUCGCCAAACGCUGGAUCAGCGCUCAGUUGCUGAGCGACAGCCUCUCGGAGGAAUGCGUGGACUUAUUGGUGGCCUCCCUCUUCCUGUGCCCAGCGCCUUUCACCGCACCCAGCUCUCCCCAAGUGGGCUUCCUUCGGUUCCUCCUACUACUCUCCACUUUUGACUGGAAGAACAGCCCCCUCAUCGUGAACCUGAAUGCCGAACUGAACGAUGCAGAUUAUGUGGAGAUAAGGAACAAUUUUGUUGCUGCCCGGCCUCACCUCCCCGUCGUAUUUAUCGCUACCCCCAGAGACCGGCAGAACUCGUUGUGGACCAAGGAGAAGCCUUCAGCACAAAUCCUACAGCGCCUCCUUGUGCUGGCUCUGGAGUCACUUCGGGCUUUGGAGAAGCAGCUCAUGGACCCUUUGGGAAGCCAGGAUGUAAAGAUGGUCUUCCGCCCACCUCUGGAUUUCUAUGAUGUCCUUAUCCACCUGAAUCCCAAGCAGAUUCCAAGGCACUUGGAGGCAGUAGACCGGCCGGCCAAGUCCUUCAGCCGGGGGAUGUUGAAAAGUGAUGCUGCCGUGAAUACCUUUGCUUUCCCAGUGGUGGAUUACGACCCAGUUCAAUUUUACCUCCAGGAGUUGCAGGAGGCCUUCAGUGGCCUUGCUCUGUUUUUCUAUGACAAGCACGGAGGGGAGGUCAUCGGAGUCCUCUGGAAGCCUACAGCCUUUGAGGCACAGCCUUUCAAGGCAUUGAACAUGAAAGGAAGGAUGGUGUCAGUGCUUGGCACCGAGCCUCUGACUGUUCCCAACGUGGAGGCCAUUUUGGAAGACUUCAAGAUCUUGGGAGAAGGACUAGUCAAAUUGGUAGAGGCUCGUAUAGAGAAAUGGUCCAUUUAGAAUCUUCUGGAACGUUGUGCCGCAUGUCUAAAGUGUUGCUCAUGGUGUGUUCCCACCCAUAACUUUUUCCGUUCAGAACUGUUUGAUAGGAAAGGUAUUUUUAUUACAUAGAAACCUCUCUCCAUCCUGUUUCCUCCUGUAGGCACAUCCAGUUUAGAUAGCCUUGGCGUCCCUUUCAAAGGACUCCGUUAUUCUACAAACCCUAUUAAACCCUUGUCGCCUUUUGAGGCUGAAGAAAUAAUUGGAAAGUUGCUCUUUGUUCAUCAAGAGGAUUUCUAAUUAAAACUUCACUCCCUUCCUAAAGCUGUCAGGGUGUGAAAUAAUUGUUUUCUCCAAAGCUUAUUGUGCUCUGGGCUGACACUGUUAUACUCAGGAUUGAAGUGUUUUCUCUGUCAUUAAGUGGAUUCAGGAUGUUCACACUGGGAGUGUCCACAUGUCACAUUCAAGGAGUGUACAAUCUUUGUUCUUAUAUACACAAAUAGUUGAGCUGUACACUAGAGUUACUCACACGCCAUGUUCAACAAGUACACAAUCUCUUUGCCUCUAUACACAGUAGUUAAGCUGUACAAAUGAACAAGUGUACUCUUUCACACAAACACAUGCACGUGUGUAGAGACAGCUUGUACAGUGUAACAUGGGGACAAGGUUAAUCUUAAAAGGCAAGGAUGUGGGCUGGAACAUCUCCCCUGCAUCCAAUGGCCACCCCAAAGCCUUCCAGUGACUGUAGUGGUUCUGACGGCCACUACAGGUGCUUAAAGCUUAUGAGUCUCCUCCUACCCUUAUGUUGCUUUGUGAUCCAGGCAAUGAACACCUACCUCUGUUCAGUUACACCUCCCUCCCCAGCAGCUUUACAUUGAUCUGCCCUGUCUCAACUGAUGGCAAGAGCAGUGAAUUGUGGUGGGUGGGAAAGGAAGGGAAAUGUCGGGGUGGGGAGGCAACUUCCCUUGUUCUCUCUGCAAGAAAAAGUGAGGCACUACUGGAAUGCUGUGUUAGCAGCAGUCACUCUUUCAGCGCUCAGAGUGCAGGUAAGGCAAAGGCUGGAAGGGGGAUCCUCCAGCUGCAGGCACCUGCAGUGACCAUCAGGAAAAUGCACCUACCUACCAUAGGAGUCUUCUGUAUCUGCGAUAGGCUGUUAAGAGGCUAUGUGUGGGCAGAGGCUGACCGAGAAAAAUCACCCUUGCUCUUCUGCAGGGUUGCAGACUGGCCAGACACCUGGGCAAGGACCUGACAAGCCGCCUGCCAUGCCAACGCUUGCACAGGAGCAAGAUACUUGGCAUAGUCCUCCUAGUACCGCUUCAGACUCUGUGUUUAGAAAUUCUGCACCAGGAAAAUCCAGUCUGUCACCUCCUGCCUAAAUGAUGCAAAUGCCCAUGCACUUGUUUUUGCAAAUUGUGUAAUUUAUUCUGCUUUUCCAAGCCAUGUUGAGGGUCAAAGGCACUCGGUCAUGCCUGCACAUCUCCUUGAGAACCCUCCUGUUGCCUCUACACUUUCCUUUUAAAUGAGCACAGAAGCUUCCAGAAUGAAGAUGGUGCUCAUUUGCAAAAUACACACAGUUCUGCACUCAGACACUCAUCUUACAAUUUUCUCUGUGAGCCUCAAGCCCUCAUAGUUUUGUGGUUGAUAUUGUUGCAUCAUGUGGUGGUUUCAACGUUAGUUAAUGUUUUGUGGUUCCACAUGAAGUAGGAAAUGGGGAAAUGUGUCAGGGGAGGAAGGCACACUUGGUCCUGUUGAUCUAAAUACACUUCUGGGAGGCCCAUGUCAGUGGUGGGCGUGACCAGAGGCAAAAGUGGGUGGAGCAAUAAAUGUAAAUUUUACCUGCGUACAGUAGGCUUGUUUCUGCACACACUCACACAACCCUCUGUCCUACAUCCAGACAAGCAAGAGGCAUGAUCAAAGCAUAGAGAGACCUGGAGGGGCACAUUUGGCCCCUGGGCCUUAGGUUCUACACCCCUGCGUUAAGACAACUUACCCUGGAUAUUUUGCUGCUGUGCACUGUUGCAUCACCAUAACUCAUGGCAUUACACCUGCACAAGAGCCUUGUGACAAUGCCUAUAUAUGCAUUUUCUGCCUUCUGCAGAAGACAAUCGAUGAGAUCAUGCUCUAUGUUCAUCCUUCCCAGUAAAAGAAACUAGGAAGGAGUGACUUCUUUAAAUAUACACUUAAGUACAGACAGAAGCUGUUAAACACUGCCAAAUAUGACUUGUUAUUAACUCUUUUACACCAUAUAUACAGUGCAAGCAAGAAAUGGCUUCAGUGUGGGAGGCAAGACUUUUUUGUGAUGUUCUGUGGCUUCGAUUUUGUAACAAACUGCAACAGGAAAGACAAUUAAUUUUUUUUAAAAAUUGCAGGUGUCAAAAUUGACAUUGAAACACCCGGACUGAACUGGCAAUGUCUACAGUAGCUUGAGCUGUGAAACCAACUGCUAGCUGGGGGUGAUGGCAAUGAUAGUCCAAAACAUGUGGAGGGCACCAGGUUGGCAAAGGCUGGCCUAGUUCCCGUCUCACCUCUGCCAUGAUUUCAUUAGGUGGCCUUGAGCAUGUCAGCCUCAGUCUCCGCCUGCAGUGUCAGAAUCAUAAUAUGCAUUCCACAAUCCACUCCAAAGUUUUGGCAGAGUGGGAUGAAAUCCAUUAGAGUUGUUUUGGAAUGGAAUCAAGUGGUUCUACUCACCCCUAUUAAUUUCCUAGAUAGAUAGAACACCUGGCUUGGAUAUAUACAAAACUGAGCUUUAAACUCUGCUUGGCUAUGAAGUUCUCUGGGUUGUUAUAGGCAAAAUCUAGCACCUGUCAAAGGAGUUGGAACAAAUGAAAGAAUGAGAAAACUGUUGUAUGCAGAGGAUUGUGUCCUGUAUCAAGGUAAUGACAUUUUGUACAAAGAAA